CAAAGAUAUCUCGUCUUCGAUGGACACACUUCUGUGUCAGGUCGGCGUCUGCUGUCAAUUACAACCCGAAUGGUUGACCACUUUUAAGGAGUUUAAAAUAAGAUUCCAAUUGAUUCACGGAAAUCAUAGACUAUCGACCGCUACCACCAAAACAGUCAGUCCUUCGAAAUCGUUUUUCCAUCGCCUGUCGUUUGAAGAGUGGAUACCAUUUGAUUGGCCCAUAUUUAGUCUUCCACGAGAAGUAAAACUUGAAUUGACUUUAAUUGGUAUCAAGAAUACUGUCAACCAAUCUGAUGGCAACCCCUCUCCACCAGCAAACAUGUCGACCAAUUCAUCUGGAAGUCUAGAACCAACUCAAGAGUUAGGCGUCGGUUCCAUGUAUUUGUUUGAUUUUAAUCAGAUUUUAGCCGACGGACAGUAUUUGAUUCCUCUUUGGAUUAAUUCGUCUGAAUUUAGUAUAGAAAGCGAUGCAAAACUUAUAAACUCGUUGUGUUUCGAAAGAGGCAAUCCUUUAGUUCACAUUAGUUUUCCCGAAACUGAUUUCGAAAUCAAGUUUCCGCCCACUAUUUGGGACCAAACCAACGAUUCUGCCGUUAAAUUGCAACGAAAUAUCAAUUCUUUGGAUUCUGCGACUCAAACAGAAUUAUUUCAAUUAUUAAAUCGCAAUCCAUUGGAACCGAUGUCUUGUGGAGAUCGGGAACAGUUAUGGGACCGAAGAUACUAUCUGUACGACUGCGCUGAGGCUCUUCCUAAAGUUUUGUUGGCCUCUCACACGUGGGAAUCGACCGCAUUGUCCGACAUCUACGCAAUGGUUCAGCACUGGUCUCCGCUUUCACCCAUCGAUUCAAUGCAGUUAUUGUUGCCUUCAUUUCCGGACAUUAAUAUUAGACAAAUGACUGUUAAAUGGCUUAAAAAGCUAUCUUCUGAUGAAGUCUGCGAUUUUAUGCCACAAUUAGUUCAAGCGUUGCGAUUUGACGCAUAUCUUGACUCACCAUUGAUUUGGUUUCUUCUCGAAAGUUGUUUAUCUUCUGUUCGAGUUUGUCAUCACUUGUAUUGGAUUCUUAAGUGCAAUAUUAAUGACCAAACGUUUACAUAUCGAUCGCGAAUAUAUCUGAACUCUCUUCUGGCGAUUGUCGGCGAAUCGAUGAAUCUUAUGAUUGAUCGACAAGAAAAUCUUUGCCAAUCGCUGUCUUCAAUCUGCGAUCACAUCAAAUCGGCCAAAGAGUCACAAAGACUUAAUACUCUUUUACGCGAAUUGGAAACAGUCAACGAUUAUCUCAUUCAAAACCCAACAGUCCUUCCAUUAUCUCCUUCUAUGGGCGUCUGUGGAUUCGAUGUGAAGCUCUGUUCUUACUUUCCAUCCAAUUCUCUUCCCCUCAAACUUAUAUUUAAAAAUCCGGACACAAAGACAUCGUCAUCAUUGGAAGCGCUGUUUAAAUGUGGCGACGAUUUAAGACAAGACAUGCUUUCAAUGCAAAUGAUCCAAAUUAUGGACAAAGUUUGGCUCAAAGAAGGUCUUGAUUUACGAAUGAUUACAUUCUUAUGCACUGCAACCGACUUUCGGAAAGGAAUGAUAGAAAUGGUUCCAAACAGCGAAACAUUACGCAAAAUCCAAUUAGAGCACGGAUUGACCGGUUCUUUCAAAGACCGGCCAAUUGCCGAAUGGCUUCAAAAACACAACACCUCUGAACUCGAAUACCACCACUCAGUCGAGAACUUUACGUAUUCGUGUGCCGGCUAUUCGGUGGCCACAUAUCUAUUAGGCAUUUGCGAUCGACAUAACGAUAAUAUAAUGCUCACCACUUGCGGGCAUCUCUUUCACAUUGAUUUCGGCAAAUUCUUGGGCGACUCACAGAUGAUGGCCGGUUUUAAAAGAGAUCGCGUGGCGUUUGUUUUGACACAAGACAUGGCGUAUGUCAUCAAUGGUGGCGAUAAGCCCUCAAAACAGUUUCAAUUCUUUGUGGAUCUUUGCUGUCAAGCGUUUAAUGUUCUUCGAAAGAAUGCAAACUUUUUGUUGUCUUUGUUUUCACUGAUGAUGUAUUCGCGUAUUUCUGGUCUCAACGCCGAAGCCGUGAAAUACAUCCACAGAGCGCUUAUGCCCGGACUGUCAGAAUCGGAAGCCAUGUCUCAAUUCACACGAAUGAUUGAGGACUCAUUGCGCUCUCGAUUCACCAAAUUUAACUUUUUUAUUCACAAUUUGGCACAAUUGAGAUUCACUGGUGACCACAACGACCAGAUGUUACUCUCAUUUAUACCCAAAAAGUUUACCAAAGAAUCGGAUGGACUGAUCACUGGUUUGGAAGCGAUGGACUGCUACAAGAAGUACGAGCCCGAGAAAGUGUAUUACUAUGUGCUGCGAGUGGAUCGUCAGUUCCAACCCGACCCGAGUUAUAUUCACAGAACUUAUCGCGAAUUUAUUGAAUUUAACGAAAAACUCAACAAUUUCUAUCCGUUGGCGAAGUUUCACGUAUUGCCGCGUUCUUCGAACCUGAUUCGUGGCAAUACUCGCGAUGCGGCCCUUCAGAGGAUGCAUGACAUCAGCCUUUUUCUUAAAGGACUCAUGCUUUUGGCGCACGAGAUAUCGCACGCAGACAUUGUCUACACGUUCUUUCAUCCUUUACUCAGAGACCAGGAGGGCGUCAAUGAGACCACCAUUAGUAUUGCUUCGCCGCCAGGUAACUCAAUGUCCAACAGUUCCCAAGCGAUGUCCCGACGCGACACACUCUAUGGACCCGCAAUCGCAGGUCAGGUGAAGCUGUCGAUAGUCUAUAAGAACAUGUCAUUAGUGAUAAUGAUAAUGCACGCCAAGAAUCUGGUGUCGAGUCGGUCGACUGCUCCCGAUUCUUAUGUCAAGACAUAUCUAAAUCCCGAUCCAAAUAAAUUGACGAAACGUAAGACACGAGUACUCAAUAAGACAUGUCACCCAACUUUCAUGGAAAUGAUUCUAUACCACGGAAUACCACUCGAGAAAUUGCAACAAAAAACUCUUCAGGUCUCUGUUUGGGACAAAACGGUGACCGAGAAUAUACUGAUUGGCGGAACGCAUAUAAUGUUAAGUCAAUUGGAUCUGAAGAACGAGACGUGCGAUUGGUUUGCACUUCAAGGGAAUUAGACUUUUAGUCAAAUUAUCGUUUGUUUGCAGUUAACGUAAAAAGUUUUAUAUUUUUGAAAAAUACUUAUUUAUUUACUUAUAUUAUGACAAUUAUGUAAACAUUAACGCAAUGUCUUAUUAACUGUUUGUGAGCUAAUCGUGCCUUUGAUUGAAAAGCAGAG